CGCGUUUCUUACUCUAGCACCGCUCCUGAAUUUUGGCCAAUGAGAAGUCGACGUCGUUUCCCUCCUCUGGCAGUCAUGGCGCCACCCGUGAGGUACUGCAUUCCCGGCGAACGUCUGUGUAACUUGGAGGAGGGCAGCCCGGGCAGCGGCACUUACACCCGACACGGCUACAUCUUUUCUUCGCUUGCUGGCUGCCUGACGAAGAGCAGCGAGAACGGCGCGCUUCCUGUCAUUUCUGUGAUGAGAGAAACAGAGUCCCAACUACUACCGGAUGUGGGGGCUAUUGUAACCUGUAAGGUCUCUAGCAUCAAUUCACGCUUUGCCAAAGUGCACAUCCUGUAUGUAGGGUCCACACCACUUAAGAACUCUUUUCGAGGAACUAUCCGCAAGGAAGAUGUCCGAGCUACUGAAAAAGACAAGGUAGAGAUUUAUAAGAGUUUCCGCCCAGGUGACAUUGUCUUGGCCAAAGUGAUCUCCCUGGGUGACGCACAAUCCAACUACCUCCUGACCACUGCCGAGAACGAGCUCGGGGUGGUGGUGGCCCACAGUGAAUCAGGUGUCCAGAUGGUUCCCAUUAGUUGGUGUGAGAUGCAGUGCCCUAAGACCCACACUAAAGAAUUCCGGAAAGUGGCCCGAGUGCAGCCUGAAUUCCUGCAGACCUAAGAAGCCACAUUUUACCCCACGGAGAGGGCGUGUUUCUUCUGUAAACUGGGGAUAGCAGCCCUUUCAGAGGUGAUGAAGAUUAGAGACUGUGUAUGUUAACAUGCCUCAGCCAGUGGCCGGCACAGAGGAGCUUCGUGAGAGCUUCCCAGACGGAGGCCCCUAUUUCCUCCUGCUAGAAGAAAGGCAUUAAGAGCUUUUUCUUGCCUUGGAGUCUCUCUUAUGAUCCCACAGUCUUUUCAAAGGCCUUAGAGAGAAGGUAAAUAUGAGCCAUGCCCCUUCCUAAUUAUUUAUAUAAUGUAAUCAACUUUUCUCCUGCAUCAUUUUAUAAAGUUGUGUGUAAUUUCUGAGGAUGAAAAGUGAAUCAAGUUUAUAGAUUUCUAAUAGAAAAAUAUUAGCUUUUUAAAGUAAACAAGCCUUUACCUUACUCAAAAGGCAUAAUGGGGUUUCAGAAUUUGAUUUUCCACUCAAGUGGUACUCAGUAACCAGCAUCACUGAACAAGAGCUGUAGAGGCAAUAGGAAUGGAGAGUUCAGCUAAGAUGACCUGCCCCCCACCCCACCUCAGCUCCCCAACCUAAGAUGGAAAACCUAGUAAGAUAUA